AUGACUUUCCUCUCUGGCGUCUACACCAUCACGAACGUCGGCACGGGCACGGCGCUGCAUCUUGAUGGGCAUCCUGUCCAGGGAUGGGAAAAGCUCAGUGGGGCGGACCGUCUGAAGCAACUCUGGUUCCUCAGGCCUACUGACACAUCGGACUCCGGAAACUCGGACGACGCGAAGUGGGUGGCGCUCAAUAUCGCUAGGAACAAGUGUCUCGAUGUCGACAGCAGCAACUCUGCCAACGGCACGGAAAUAAUUGGGUACCCGUACCACAAGACGGACAACCAGCACUGGAUCAUUAGGCACCCAGCGUCGUCCUCGUACUGGAGGUUCCAGAGCGUGGAGACGAAUACCUUCAUCGACCUCAAGAAGGGUCAAUCCGGCAAUGGCACCAAGAAGAGCUUCACGGGCCGUCAGAUCCAGGCCGUCCAUUACAAGAACGGAAAGCUGAAGGGCAAGGUCAUUGUGGAGUACCCGGACCGCAUGUGCGUUGGCUUUCCCCCUUCUGCGGUGACUGCCGACCGCGUGGGGAUGCUCCGGGCGGCACCCGAGCAGACGCGAAUCCGCGUCUGCGAUCUGAUAGAGGUUGACCUCUUCGCACCCAAGGCCCCUGCUCGAAGCGUCGUCGACGUCGAGUAG